AUGUUACUUGCGUUUUCCGCAAAGAGUGAGGAGUUGGAUGUGCUGAUGUUGUCGCUUACGUUUGGGAAUGUCGAGGUUCAGAAGAACGUCGUUACUCUCUUCCAUCAUAUUGAAAAGGAGAGGGCGUGGCGGAAGGAGAAUAAUCGCCCAGAGGGAUUUGAGACAUUGAGUGCCAGGAAACCAAUUGUCGCCGUUGGGGCUGAAGAGCCGUUGGCUGAACAUAAGAUGGUGGCGGAUUUCUUCCAUGGUGUUGAUGGUUUGGGAGGUAUACAUCAUAGUCAUCCGCACCUUUCCCCGGAAGAAACUUGGAAGUCUUUAUUCAAACCCGCACCGGAGAGUCUUUCCGAGGACGAAGCAGCGGCGCUUCAGAAGGUCAAGGAGCAGCAUUCCUUAUUUGAACCCUCGCUGAAACCGGCGCAUGAAGUCAUGCUUGACUUGCUCAGGGAGAAUGAGCCGGAUACGAUAACGAUUGUAGCAGUUGGCCCUCUGACGAACCUUGCCAUUGCGGCUGCACAAGACCCAGAAACUUUCUUGAAGGUCAAGGAGGUUGUUGUGAUGGGUGGAGCUGUUGACGCGCCUGGUAACCGACCCCCACCACCCCUACACCUCAUCUACUCGCCCACUACCCUCUCCAUCCCCAUCACACCCUUCAACCUAAUUUCCCAACCCAACACCCCCAUACGUACCUCACUAAACCAUCGAAACCAGAUGACCCCCGGCGCCGAGUUCAAUACCUACGCCGACUCUAUAGCCAGCGCCCGUAUAUUUGCCCUCACAUCGGCAAACCCGCAUCUCACCAUGCCCCCAACCCUCCCCAGCUCUCAAAAGUCCGCCAAACUACUCCCUUACCCUGAGAAACUAAGCAAACGUCUCAAACUCAAACUCUUCCCUCUCGACACAACAGAACAACACAUCCUCCCCAAAGCAAUGUAUGAAGACUACAUCAAUCUCAAACCCAUCAAAGGCAGUCCCCUAGCUGAAUGGACUUCCCUCUUCCUCGGUUCCACCUUUGCCAAAAACGCUUCUUUGAACCCGCAGGUCGACCCCACAAAACAGGGUCUCGCACUGCACGACCCACUGACUAUAUGGUAUGCGCUCUCCGCUACUAACCCAGCAUGGAAGUUCAAGAAAGAAGAUAUUCGUGUGGAGACGAGUGGACAGUGGACGAGGGGAUGUACUGUAGUUGAUCGACGGGGUAGGCCUAUCACGGAGGGCGAGGGUGAUUUGAAAGAGGAGGUUGUGGGGGAUGCGGGAGGGUGGAGGGAUUCAAGAAGGGGAAAUUGGGUUGCGUGGUGUACGAAGAGUCCAGGGGAGAGCAAGUUUGCCAGGGUGUUGUUGCAUAGGGUGCUAGGGGAUGGUGAACAGUGGUGAAUAUGGAAGGGAUAUGGGACGUGUAGGGGGCAAGGAAUGAAUGGGUAACCAUUAUGAUGAAGCAAGGCAGAACUUACGUAGGGCAAAACCCUUAGACUUGGAAAAUUUCAUACAGUAAAAUUC